AUGAGCGACAAGGUGAAGGGAAAAAAGCAGGAGGAAAAGGAUCAAUCCUUGCGGGUGCAAAUUCUCGUUUAUCGCUGCAUGGGCAUCGAUUUGUGGAGCCCCACGAUGGCGAAUGACCGCCCGUGGCUGACCUUUGUCACAAUGGGACCACUUUUCCUGUUUAUGGUGCCCAUGUUCCUGGCCGCCCACGAGUACAUCACCCAGGUGAGCCUGCUCUCCGACACCCUGGGCUCCACCUUCGCCAGCAUGCUCACCCUGGUCAAAUUCCUGCUCUUCUGCUAUCAUCGCAAGGAGUUCGUCGGCCUGAUCUACCACAUCAGGGCCAUUCUGGCUAAAGAAAUCGAAGUGUGGCCUGAUGCGCGGGAAAUCAUCGAGGUGGAGAACCAAAGUGACCAAAUGCUCAGUCUUACGUACACUCGCUGUUUUGGACUGGCUGGAAUCUUUGCGGCCCUGAAGCCCUUUGUGGGCAUCAUACUCUCCUCGAUUCGCGGCGACGAGAUUCACCUGGAGCUGCCCCACAACGGCGUUUACCCGUACGAUCUCCAGGUGGUCAUGUUUUAUGUGCCCACCUAUCUGUGGAAUGUGAUGGCCAGCUAUAGUGCUGUAACCAUGGCACUCUGCGUGGACUCGCUGCUCUUCUUUUUCACCUACAACGUGUGCGCCAUUUUCAAGAUCGCCAAGCACCGGAUGAUCCAUCUGCCGGCGGUGGGCGGAAAGGAGGAGCUGGAGGGGCUCGUCCAGGUGCUGCUGCUGCACCAGAAGGGCCUCCAGAUCGCCGAUCACAUUGCGGACAAGUACCGGCCGCUGAUCUUUUUGCAGUUCUUUCUGUCCGCCUUGCAGAUCUGCUUCAUUGGAUUCCAGGUGGCUGAUCUGUUUCCCAAUCCGCAGAGUCUCUACUUUAUCGCCUUUGUGGGCUCGCUGCUCAUCGCACUGUUCAUCUACUCGAAGUGCGGCGAAAAUAUCAAGAGUGCCAGCCUGGAUUUCGGAAACGGGCUGUACGAGACCAACUGGACCGACUUCUCGCCACCCACUAAAAGAGCCCUCCUCAUUGCCGCCAUGCGCGCCCAGCGACCUUGCCAGAUGAAGGGCUACUUUUUCGAGGCCAGCAUGGCCACCUUCUCGACGAUUGUUCGCUCUGCCGUGUCGUACAUCAUGAUGUUGCGCUCCUUUAAUGCCUAA